AUGCCGGAAGUUUACACUGAACUGACCGCUCCCACGGCCGUCUCGCACUCGCUCACUAUCCACUUCACAUCUGCGACGGCCGAAAACCUGAUCGUCGCACGAACAUCGCUCCUCCAGAUAUUUUGCACGACAACACAUGAGACUGAACUCCCGUCUAGCAAUGGAACAUCUUCCUCCGACCCAGCUAACAAAGAGAAGGAGGGGGGAAUUGAUCGCCGCGCUCUUGACGCGGAUGAGGAAGGGACUUUCGCAGCAGACAUAGUCCUGCAGCGAUCGCAGGUCCAAACGGUUACGAAGCUUGUUCUGGUCGCGGAAUACAAUCUAUGCGGUUCGGUAACGGGAAUGCAACGGAUUAAGCUUCUCGUAUCGAAAUCGGGCGGAGAGGCAUUAUUAUUGUCGUUUAAAGAUGCGAAGCUCUCGCUGUUGGAGUGGGAUCCAUCGACAAACGCAGUUACGACAAUCAGUUUACAUUACUACGAAAGGGAGGAGUUCUGGCCAUCUGUGGUUCCAGAAGGAUUGUCGACAACCCUUGUGGCAGAUCCAGGGAGUCGCUGCGCGGCGCUCAAUUUUGCGGGGGACAUGAUCGCAAUCCUACCAUUUCGGCAACGGGAAGACGAAGAUUUAUCAUUAGGAAAUGUGGAUGGAGCUAGCCACGAUCUACACAUGGCCGAAGGUGAAGACGAUGAUUGGGAUCCUUCGGCCCCUGAGAAGAAACCCGAGGACGAGCUCGAUAGUGAGAUGGCCGGAACCACUGAUAAAACAAAAGAGGACGUCAUGGCAGCGAAGUUGGUCGCUGCGGAUAGACCCUAUCACCCAUCUUUUGUACUCCCAGUAUCUCGACUUGACGAUGCGAUUUCACAUGUUAUAUCUCUCACGUUUUUGCACGAAUAUCGCGGGCCUACGUUCGGAAUCCUUUACUCGCCUCGCCGGACAUGGGCUGGUCUACUGGCGGCAGAAGGGAGGAAGGAUACCAUUUCAUAUAUUGUCAUUACACUUGAUUUAGAGCAGCGAGCCUCCACUCCAAUUCUCAGUGUUUCGGGGCUCCCAUAUGAUAUCUUUAAGGUGGUUGCUUUGGCCCCACCAAUCGGAGGGAGCUUGCUGAUUGGAGGUAACGAAAUUAUCCACCUUGAUCAAGCUGGUAAGACAACUGGGGUAGCAGUAAACCCAUACACUAAGAGAAGUACCACUUUUGCCGGUCUUGCCGACCAAAGCGACCUAUGCCUGGAGCUAGAAGGAAGCUCAGUGGUUGAACUUGAGGGUGAAAAUGGUGACAUUUUGCUUAUUACGAAGAAGGGAGAGGCUGUUAUCAUUGAGUUCAAAACCGACGGCCGCAACGUCAGUGGCGUAAAAAUCAACCGCCUUGCAAACCACCCUACCUCUCUCGUUGGCGGCCGGGUUUCGACCCUCGUCGCACUUGGGUCCCGCCGCCUCUUUGUGGGGUGCACAGAAGGUGAUGCACGUCUCCUCAAGUGGAAGCGAAAAGGCGAGAAGAAAAAGCCUGGCGAAAGUCUAAAGGAAGAAGUUGCUGAGAACGAAGAUGAAGAAGAUGUAUACAAGAUGUUGGAGGACAUGGAUGACGACCUUUAUGGCGGUGGUGAUUCUUCUUAUAAAAAGACAGAGCGAAAGGAUGGUGGGGUAAAGCCGAUGGGAGAAUAUAUUUUCUCCACCCAUGACCGUCUUCUUAACCUUGGCCCCUUCCGUGAUAUCGUCCUAGGACGUCCCACGUUUACCCCGGAUUCUGUUUCGCGCCAGGUUGGUGUUACGCCCGAAUUAGAACUCGUUACUACUGCUGGUCCUAUCAAUACACCCGAAGACGCCGGAGUUAGUGUGUUGCGCAAAUCAAUCGCGCCGACUGUUGUAGGUAAACUCGAUUUCCCAACCUGCCAGGCGCUUUGGACCGUACGAGCUCGUUCGGGGAAGACGGCAGUCAAUUCUGCGUUAGCAGGCUUAACAAGCGGCGAAGAAGACCAAGGCGGGGCAGAGGAAGAAUUUGAUGGGUUCUUGUUCGUGAGCAAGAGCGAGGAGAGUCAGGUAUUCAGAGUUGGCGAUACAUUUGAAGAGGUCCGGGGCACAGAUUUUGAGAGCGAGGGAGAGACUCUUGAGGUUGGUGUUGUUGGUGGAGGAAUGAGAGUUGUUCAGGUUGUGAGUGAACAAGUUCGUGUUUAUGACUGUGACUUGCAGUUGGCACAAAUAAUACCCAUGUUCAAUGAAGAUACCGGAGAGGAGGGUCCAAACGUGGUGAGGGCGAGAGUUUAUGAUCCAUAUGUGCUUCUGGUUAGAAUUGAUGGCAGUGUAGUGAUCUACAGAGUCCAUAAAGGAAAUCUAGAACUUGUCGAAGAGGAGAGGGGCGAUAGACUGAAAUCGAGCAAGUACUCUUCGGGGUGUAUUUAUGCCGCUAAAAAAGGCGAACUUCAUCCAGCAGCUGCAGUAUCAGAAGAAAAUGAGGAGAAAAGGAAAGCCCAGGAGGAAGAAGAGGGGGAAACGGAAUAUGUGUUGUUCCUCAUCACUUUUGAGGGAUGCUUGCAGGUUUAUAGUCUUGCAAAUUUGGCCGAACCCAUAUUCGUAUCUGAAGGGUUCAGUUCUCUUCCCCCGUUAUUGAGAGCCGACGACACAAUUGAACCAACAUCACAUUCCCAUCGGGAGAAAAAUGUUAAAGAGAAUAUAGUUGAGAUAUUAGUUACCGACCUGGGAGACCAGGUCGCGAAGGAACCAUUCAUGAUUGUUCGAAGUGCGCGAGACGAUCUUACAUUCUACAAACCGUUUAUUUGUCCUGGCACUAGCGAGAGCAAACCCACUCUCCGAUUCGCAAAGUCUCCAAAUCCGCACCUUGCACUACCUAUCAAUCCCAUGAAACCCUCAUCAUCAAAAACUAUUUUCCGCCCCCUUGUCUCUAUUCAAAAUUUGGCAGGGUAUAGAUGCGUGUUUCUCCCCGGCGCAGACCCAUCCUUUGUAUUGAAGACAAGCAAGAGUAUACCGCACGUGCACCGCCUGGCUGGAAACGCAGUGCGGAGUCUAGCAGCGUUCCAUUCCUCAGGUGCGGAUAGAGGAUUUGUGUAUGUUGACAACUCCGGAAUAGUGCGUGUUUCACUCAUGCCAACUGAGUUUAACUUUGAUGGGAGUUGGGGUGCAAGAAAGGUUGCCGUGGGCGAUGUCGUGCAAGCGCUGAGCUAUUUCCCACCGAUGGGCGUAUAUGUCGUGAGCACUACACAGCUGGUACCGUUUGACCUGGCUGAGGACGAUGGGAGUGUCGCGAAGGACGAAACAACUUUACAACCGGAGGUGGAAAGCGGGGCGAUUAAAAUCUUGUCACCAUUAAACUGGAGUGUUGUUGACCAGUUUAAAUUUGCACAUAACGAAAUUGCGUUGGUAGUGAAGACGAUCGAGAUGGAAAUCUCGGAGCACACAAAGGAGCGAAAACAGCUUGUUGCUGUAGGCACGGGUAUAUUCAAGGGAGAAGACCAUUCCGCAAGAGGUGGGAUUUACGUCUUUGAGAUAAUUGAAGUUGUCCCAGAGCCCGGAAAGCCAGAGACGAACUGUAAGUUGAAGCUUGUGUGUCGUGAAGAAGUAAAGGGGACCGUAUCUGCUAUCUGUGGGGUCAAUGGAUAUCUUCUCGCCGCGCAGGGUCAAAAGAUAAUGGUACGAGGUUUAAAAGAAGACCAGUCUCUUCUCCCAGUGGCGUUCAUGGACAUGAGUAUGUAUGUCACUGUUGCAAAGAAUCUCGACGGCAUGAUCCUGUUUGGAGACUUCAUGAAGAGCAUCUGGUUUACUGGGUUCUCUGAGGAGCCGUAUAAGAUGACGUUGUUCGGAAAGGAUACGCAGACACUCGAAGUUGUUGCCGCCGACUUUUUGCCCGAUGGCAACAAGCUAUAUUUCGUAGUUGCCGAUGCGGACAGCAAUAUUCAUGUUUUGCAAUACGAUCCCGAGCAUCCUAAAUCUCUCGCAGGUCAACGUUUAAUCCGCCGUGCCGACUUCUUCGCCGGCCACGAAGUCAAGACCCUUACGAUGCUCCCACGGUCUCGUCCAAUCGCCUCAGAACCCGACCCAGAUGUAAUGGACACCGUCACAGACACUCCCGAAGAAUUCCUCGUCCUAGCAGGGACCCUUACCGGCUCUCUCGCAAUGAUCACCACGCUCCCAGAAACCAGCUACCGUCGCCUCAACAUCGUGCAAGGCCAAAUUGUAAGUGGGGAAGAGCACACCGCAGGGUUGAACCCCCGAGGGUAUAGGGCCGUCGUCAGUAGCGGAGCCGCGGGUGUCGGAGGUGACCUUCUGAGAGGGGUCUUGGAUGGCGCCCUAGUUUGUAGAUGGAUCGGCUUUGGGGAGGGUAGAAAAUCGGAGAUUGCGAGCAAAGCUGGAAACGACAUUCAGGGGAUCAGGGAGGAUCUGAAAGGGCUGGAGGGGGCGUUAUUAUAUUUGUAG